AUGAUAUAAUCGAUUAAAAGUGAAGUCAUCAAUUUAGUAAAUGAAGUCAUUAGGAAAUAUCAUUUAAAUCCUGUUAAAUAACGAAAUAUUAAUUACAAUUCAAUAUUGUAUAUUUGUAUUAUUAGCGUCAUUUGUAACAUGUUACAAUUAAAAAUACCAGAAAUUGAAAUCAACUAAACAGUCAGAAUCAUCAUUGAAUCAUACGGAUAUGAAAAUUCUUUUGGCCCAGUUUUCGAAUAUCAUAAGAAAAAUACAUUCUCUAUCUUGAAGCCAGAAGACUAUACUACAAUAGACUAAAAGGAAUAAGAACAAAUUACCCUGAAUAUACAUAGGAGUUAGAAGGAGUUGUAGAAGAAUAAAAUAGAAAUGAAAUAACCUUUGAACAUUUGUCUGCUUCGGCAUAUUACCAUGAAAUUGGUCAUAUAUCAGGUUAAUUCACUGAAAGUACUGGGGUUCUAUUAUCAGUUGGUGAUUAGAUAAUACAUGGAAGAAAUAUAGAUUUAGUCCCAAUUUGAACUAAAAAUAUUGCCUUACAUUUGA